AGCUUCGAAUUUGAAAGGAGUGGCCGUUUGAAUUUAGAAGUUCAAAACCAAAUCCAUUGUUUUCACAUAAAAGCUUCUCUUUCUGAAAAAUUGAAUGCAACCCAACAAAGCUCAUUAACUAUUCCACCCUCUCUCAAAUUUAAACCACACUGUCCUUUCUUUCUCUUUCUAGAGAGAGAAACAUUUUAGAGAGAGAGAGAGAGUAACACAAUGACAGGGCUUGUGAUGGUUACCAGAGGCGGUGGAUGCGGUGGAGGAAGCAAAAGAACAAGACCAACACAAACAGAAGAAGAUGAACAGCAGAACCAGCUUUCAUUGGUGGCUUUGCUUUUGGCUGCUAUAAGAAAAUCAAUGGUAGCAUGCAGAGUAGAUAGACCAGAUCAUGAAGUCAUCUCAACCGUUCAUCAAAUGGAGAUCGGAUGGCCAACUGAUGUUCAGCAUAUUACUCAUGUUACCUUUGACCGUUUCAAUGGCUUUCUUGGUCUUCCUGUUGAGUUUGAAGUUGAGAUCCCUGGUCGUGUUCCUAGUGCUAGUGUAAGUGUGUUUGGAGUGUCAGCAGAAUCCAUGCAGUGUUCUUAUGAUUCAAAAGGAAACAGUGUCCCUACUAUUCUCAUGCUAAUGCAGGACCGUUUAUAUUCACAGGGAGGAUUAAAGGCUGAAGGUAUAUUCCGCAUAAACCCGGAAAAUAGUAAGGAGGAGCAUGUGAGGAACCAGUUGAAUAGUGGAAUUGUGCCAGAUGACAUUGAUGUCCACUGCUUGGCGGGACUAAUCAAAGCGUGGUUCCGAGAGCUUCCUUCGGGAGUACUAGAUGGACUUUCCCCUGAGCAAGUUCUUGAGUGCAACACAGAAGAAGAAUCUAUUGAGCUUGUGAAGCAGCUAAAACCAACUGAGUCUGCCUUACUCAGUUGGGCUAUUGAUCUCAUGGCUGAUGUUGUCCAAGAGGAGGAGUUUAACAAAAUGAAUGCAAGAAACAUUGCCAUGGUUUUUGCUCCAAACAUGACUCAGAUGUCUGAUCCUCUAACUGCUCUAAUGCACGCUGUUCAAGUGAUGAAUUUGCUCAAGACAUUGAUAAUGAAAACCCUUAGGGAACGUGAAGAAACAGCAACAGGUGGAUAUUCACCCAUGUCCUUUCGCACAUCAUUUCGCCGUUCAGAGGAUGAAUAUGACAGUCAACGAGAAACCGCAACAGGUGGAUAUUCACCCAUGUCCUUUCGCUCUUCAUAUCGCCCGUCUGAGGAUGAAUAUGACAGUCAACGAGAAAUAGACGCUAGCAGUGAAUUGAGAAGGACUAAGUCAGAUUUUGAUGAUCAUGCUCAUUACAGAAAUAGCAGUCAAGAGGAAUUGGAGGCUGAAUCUCUGAGCGAGAUAGAAGAUUGCUUCUUAAAAAAGUUGGAUGAGCACACCAAAGAAUUCUCAGAAGAACCUGAAAGUUAUUUGCAAGAGUAUGUGAGCUCUAAAAAUUGCUGUGACUAUAGUGUGGAACCUGCUGUACCAAUUACUGAUAGCGAAAUUGUGAAGUCCUGCUUGAGUUUCGACAGAGAAAAGUUCAAUGCUGACACAACGAUUCCGUUACGUCUAGGAUGGACAGACACCGAAGAUGUGGAGAUGAUUGAUAAAUUUACGGAUUCUGUUUCGCCUGUGCCGCGGCUCACAUCUAGCUAAGAACUUGUUUUAUUUUUUUAGUAGUUUUGAAGUACCUUGUUUCAGAUUUUGUCUGUACAACCAGGUGUGCUUGUGUAAAUGAUUACUUCCUGGAGUAGGAACUGUUUGCUUAUUGUGGAUUCUGGGCAGGUUGUGUUCAGCUUAGGGCUGAAUUUGAGCUGGUUCUGUAUGUUUCUGUACUUGACAACUCUAAUUAUGACAAAUGGGAAUGGCUAUUGGCUAAAGAGUAGCCACAUUUUCAUACUUCACUUAGGUGAAUGUUCUAAGCAUAGAGUUGAUUGAUUUAGCAUGA